UUGGCAUUUCUUAUUAUUUUUAGUCUGUCUAUUACAAAAAUGGCUGCAAACCGUCGCAAGCAAGACGACAAGAAUUUAGAAAUUUUACGUGAACUUAUAUCUAUAAAUGGAAACAAAUAUUGUUUAGACUGCAACCAAAGAGGACCUACAUAUGUUAAUGUUACAAUCGGUUCGUUCGUUUGUUCAAAAUGUUCGGGAAUGCUACGUGGUCUGACGCCUCCCCAUCGAGUAAAGUCGAUCUCAAUGGCCACAUUUACCCCCGAAGAGAUAGAAUUUAUAAAAGUGAGAGGAAAUGAUUACUGUAGGCGCGUUUGGUUAGGCCUAUACGAGGGUGAAAGUGUGAACUUUACUGAUGAACAAAGUGUGAAAGAUUUUAUGUCGGACAAAUACGAGAAGAAACGUUACUAUCUCGAUCAACCGCUGAAUAAUACUGUUACGAACGGAAGUUUAUCAUCUAAGAGUAAGUUAAAAGUUAAAAGCGGAAGUGCUGCAGCGAGCUCAGCACAGCUGAUAUCAAUAGCGAGCCCGGCGCCGAAGUCGACGGUGAACAAUAAUACGCUCGUGAAUGCGCCCAAAGUGGGAAAUAGCUUUUUCUCUGGAGGCAAUGAUGUCAGUAUGAAGAUAGCCCGGCCGGUGCACAGCAUACCCCAGCCCAGCCCGCUCGCGGCGCCACCUGUUGUCGCUCCUGCUCCAGUACCUGAUUUUCCUGUUGACUUUUCAACUGCAAAUAUUUAUAACAGUAGCCAGUUUAGUAAUAAUGUAAACAACAAUUAUGUGCCUGCCCCAUCCACCACUACAAGUUUUGCAGCUUUCACUCCUCCAUCUACUGCUAAUGAUCGCUAUGCAGCAUUAGCAGAUUUAGACCAUGCACUGAGACAGCAAAACAUGAAGACAAUGGAGGAAGGUAACAAUAUAAAUAGCAAGAAUCCGUUCCAAAGUGCACCAACCAAUGACUUCUUCGGCAGCAAAAACCCUUUCUUCAAUGGAAGUUGGAGUGCUGCUCCGGCGCCUGUGCCUGUUAACCCUUUCAUGCCUUCAUCUAACUCUGGGAACUAUGUUAAUUCGAAGAAUCCUUUUCUUUGAAGAGGUGGUCCAUGAUUUGGAGACAAAGAACAAAUGUAUGCAACAAAAAGCACAAAGUUAGCUACAAAUUUAUUAUAGUCUACAUUUUUGAAUAAUUAUAUUAUGUUUUUACAAAUUUCUCGGUGAUAUUAAAUUGGCAUUACAACUAUUUAUCAGUCUUAGAUUAAUGUGCUUAAUUUUAGCAACGGAAGUGCCUCUUUAUGCCUUAAAAAGUUGUAAAUUUCUCAUUAUAGAUAUAUUAGGCAAGUCAAUGUCGUGAAAGUAUUGUAUUAGUAUGUCUGGGCUCAAUCAAUCAGGAAAUCUGUGUGAACAUGUUGCGAGGCAAUGUUGCUGUGUCCAAUUUAUUCAAUUUAUAUUGUCCAUUAUGUGGUUAGGAAAUGCUCAGUAGGGCCUUAUUAGGAUUGACUGGGGCUAGUUUUUAUAGGUCUUGACGAUUAUGUACCUAUGUAUAUUGUAUACGAUGACGCAAUUCGCGACGGUCUGAUGAUCUUAUCACACCCAACUUGCAGUUUUCGUGCUUAUAUCAUUUUCCCAAUAAAUAUUUGAUAUAUAUUGAAGUAAUUGUAAGGUUAGCGAGCAAAGACUAGGUAUUUCAAAGUAUAAAAAUUGUUAAUUAUAUUGGCUAUCCUAUUAACUUAUUUGAAUGAAAUAAUUUUGUGGGAUGUUUUUUAUCUUUGCUGCUGUUAUUCUGAGAAUGAAGUAAAAUAGUAUAGAUAUAAUAAUAUGCUAGGUAUAUAAUAUAAACAAUUGAGGCGAGGCCCAUUCCAGAAGAGGAUUUCCCUCCCGUAAUUAACUAACAAUAGUAUUGUUGUUGAGUGCACUUCUUACACAAUCGAUAAAAUUUAAAAACAUAGAUUGAUUGCUGAUUUCAUCGAAACAUAAAUGCCAAUCUAGUCAAUUAUGAAUGAUAUUGUGUUCUGAUGACCAUGUUUUAAGGAGUUGAGUCAUAAUAGAUACGUUGGCGUAAAUAUCCGUUUGUUAAAAUUAUCAGUUCAUAAUAACGUAACUAUUGUGGUAUAAUCGCCUAAGCGUUCUAUUUCAUUAUAGUAUAAAGAUAAACGUAUCUAGGAUAUUUAUUUCCAGUAAUUGCAUCAUAUUACCAAUAAUGCAGUAACUUAGUGAGACUACAAAACGAGAUUAGUAUUUAGAUUAGGCAACAAGCUGUGUGUGAUGAGUCACCGGGCGCGGGGUGCGGCCUUAUUUUCAUAGUCAUGCCUGCCAUGAGGAAGCGAGCUUAGUACCUAAAUGUUACUGUUUCCAUCCAACUCAACGCAUCAAAUUAACACAUGUUAAUCCUAGUUAGGGGUGAUAUUAAUUAAGAAUACGGUGCCGAAAACGAGAAGUAGGCAGCGACCAAACAUUUCCACACAAAGUAUUUUAGUCUUGUAAAGCUUUUAAUUAUCUGGAUGGAUUGUUUAUUUACACAUCAUUAUGAAGUUUUAAGAGGCUUAACAUUGUUAUUAUUUUUUAUCAAUUUGUUUCCUGAUUAAUGUGUACGUGUUUAUAAUCAUGAAUUGUUUUAAAUCCGACUAUGCCAUCUUAUCUAGAAUUAUAUAUUUCUAUUGUAUAGCAAGUAUUGAUUACUUUUACUGGUUAAAAAAACCAUGACAAAGUAGGACACGACAUGUUUUUGUAAGAAUCAUUUUUGUAUCGUACGAUUUCACGUCAUUGAUUAAUUAUUGUAUGUUUGGUACUUGACGCCUAAUCAUAUAAGUAUCAGCUUCAAUAGUUAUAGCUCACAUCACAUCUUAUCAUAAUUUGUUUCAUCUAAUACAUGUCUGAAGCCGGCUAUCCAUCAACUGACUAUUUAGUAAAAAUUGAUUGUAGGUAUUAUGUAUUUACUUGCAUCUACUGUGAUCAGUUAAACUGAUUGUAAGUGAAGCUUAUAGCUGUACAUUUAGCCGGCGUAAACAAGCUCUCAAAUCAUGUGCUUGAUCUGGUCUGUGAUUUAAAUCAGUAACUUUUUUAGUAAUCUUAAUCAUUUAAUAGCGAACAAUCUUUACUUAUCAAUGCACUACUAUUUAUUAAUUAGUUAUUAAAUUAACGUAUUGUUUUUUAUUUGAGCACCAAGAUCUGUUAUGUUGUAUUAAUGGUGUAAAAAAUAAACACUUAUUUUUUUUAACAA